ACUGGAUAUCUGGGCCCGGUUUCCCAAAGUCAUCUUAAGGCAUCCAAUGGUUCUAACGAUGAACUUAACCAUAAGAUGGUUUUGAGAAACCGUUCCCUGAUUAACACUAGAGAGAGACGUGACUAUUGUGGAUCCUCUGGGGAGCCUCAACAACAGCAUGAUGCUGACGAGGCAGAGAAGAGUCUCUCCACAUCAGAACACCUCAAACACCAGCGGAGACCCACCGGGAAGAAACCUCACCACUGCUCUGACUGUGGGAAGAGAUUCCCCUCUUCAGCAGACCUCAAAAGACAUCUGAGAAUCCACACCGGAGAGAAACCUAAUAGCUGUGAUCAAUGUGGGAAGAGUUUUAGUGUUACAAGCAGCCUGAAAGCACACCAGAAAACACACACAGGAGAGAAACCUUAUAGCUGUGAUCAAUGUGGGAAGAGAUUUGUUACAUCUAGCAGUCUGACUAUACACCAGAGAAUACACACUGGUGAGAAACCUUAUAGUUGUGAUCGAUGUGGGAAGAGUUUUAAUGUUCCAAGCAGCCUGAAAACACAUCAGAGAACACACACAGGAGAUAGACCUUAUAGCUGUAGUCAAUGUGGGAAGAGUUUUACUUCAUCUAGCCAGCUGACUAUUCACGAGAGAACACACACAGGAGAGAAACCUUAUAGCUGUAGUCAAUGUGAGAAGAGGUUUACUCACUCAAGCAACCUGAUGGUACAUUUGAGAACACACACUGGAGAGAAACCUUAUAGCUGUGAUCAAUGUGGGAAGAGUUUUGUUACAUCUAGCUGUCUGACUAUGCACCAGAGAACACACACAGGAGAGAAACCUUUUAGCUGUGAUCAAUGUGGGAAGAGUUUCACUCAGGCAAAUAUCCUGAUAGCACACCGGAGAACACACACAGGAGAGAAACCUCAUAGCUGUGAUCAAUGUGGGAAGAGUUACUCUGGUAAAAGAUCUCUGAUAAAACAUCAGAAAGUACAUACAUGAAGGAGUUGUUCCAUGAUAUCAACGAAAUGAUGUCACAAUGUAGAAUGUUUUAACAUUGUAGUAGAAGUAUUUUAAUGAUGUCACAAUGUAGAAUGUUUUAACAUUGUAGUAGGAGUAUUCUAAUGAUGUCAUAAUGUAGAACCCUAAACAUUUGCUCCCUGUUCUAUUGAUUUCAGCAUGAUAUGGAUAUGAGCCUCAUUGAGAAAAGUACAGGCUCUGAAUUGAAAGAGUAGUAUUUAUGUGAUUAACAUCGUGUUGUGUUAGACUUACCUCGUCGGUGACCCACUUGAAUCAAAAUGCAACACUUCAAAAUGUAGCUAGCUGUUUUCUACAAAUUGUCCUCAAACCAAUGAUGUACACAUUAUUCCCAGAUUCCUUGUGGUUUUUGAGCUGUUAGUUUUAACAGGAAGUGCAACCUCAUCUCCUUCUCUCGGCACAAUUGAUUUCAACGUGAUAUGUAUAUGAGUGAUGAGAAAUAAGUGUUGCUCUCCUUUGUUUAGCGACCCCUACAUUUAAAUGCAUCACUCCAACAUGUAGCUGACUGUCUUCUGCAGGUUGUCCUCUAACCAGGGAGGUAGAAGAUAUCUCCCAUUUCCAUGUGUUUUUUUGUUGUUCUGUUAGCAUCAAUAGCAUGUACAGCCUGAUUUCCCCCCUAAUAGAUAUAUCAGUGAUUUAUUGCCUCUUGUUGUUUCUGGAAAUUGUUUAUUGAUUCGGACAGGUUAAAACUGUGUUUUGACAUUGGGGCUAUCCCACCUAGCAACACCAAGUAAAGACUAUUCUGACAUCCAAUCUAAAUUCAGUUUUGGAAUUUGAAGUUGACAUUUAUUUUGAAAGUAGGUAUUUUUGCAGGUUGUUU